CUCCAGCGAGGAGCUGAUGCGUUUCCGGAGCGUGACCAAGCAAAUGUUGCGUGAAAUCUUUGAGCAGACCGACAAUCAGCAACUGAUGGCACAACUGCCCCUCGGUGACGACUGUGAGCUGCAUCGAUGUGUACCGCUGGAAUGUCUCAACGUGAAGCUGUUGCUCUAUUGGCAGUGCCUCGGCGACUAUCUGGAGAGCACGCAGGCGGACGAAAGCGACCAGGUGCUGCCCGAACUGAGUGUCUUCUGCACCUAUGUGAACAAGUUCUGUGAGAGCCAGAAACCGGACAUGGACAAGUUCGCCCAGAUAGAGUUCCAGAACAUGCUGCUCUCGCUGGUGGAAAUCCUGGACUCGUACGACCUGGGCGACGAGAUUGGGCGUAGCAAUAUGAAGACGUUGAUCAAAAAUCUAUUGAAGGACUGUCUGCUCGACCACAAGAUCGUCCGCGUGCUCGUGCGUUGCAUGGAGAAGCUGAUCACCGACCUCAAUGACCGGAUGAAGUUCUUUAUUGAGAUCAUCUACGAGACGUGUGACCUUAAUACCAAGCAGAAUGAGCUAGUGCACGAUCGCAAUCUGAUCAGUAAGUUGCUGGACGACUUGGACACGCCCUCGAAGAUGAAGAUAUCCUCGUUGAAGGUGAAGAUCUUAGAGCUGGAGGAACAGGAGGAUAACUUUGGGCGCCAGAAGGAGUAUAUACAGGCUCAGUCCGUGAAUAAGGAGAAGAUGGCUGUCACAGAGGAGUACACGGAGCUGAUCAAACCGCUGCUGGUGAAGCACGGCUUUCUGGACAUGCCCGCCCGUCCGAAGCUCUCCAACCAGGAGCGUGUCCUGAAAGGCCUGUUCACCUCAUACUAUAUGGUGGCCUCUCCGCAUGUCCAGAAGCUCACUCCCAGCAUAUGUAAGCUGUACAAGGACUUCAUUUGCCGCCAUCUCCACUCCUCGGAUGUGGACAUCUUCGAAUGGGCCAUCAAAUGCGGCAACGCCUACAGUAUGUUCUAUGAGGCAUACACCGAGACGGUGUUCCGGGUUGUAUACCAUCAGUUCUACAAUAGCAAGGAGGUCCGUCUGUGCGAGACCUCUGUCAGCUGUCUUCUCUGGCAUCGACUAUGUCGACAAGUUGAGCCGGAAGAUAGGUGCUAGGGGGCUGGGGUCUAAGACGUCCAAUCGCCGCCAGCUCUAUACCGUGCAGGAUACAUACGACGGGGAGGAGGAUGGCGAUCAGACAGUGCAGA